AGCUCAGAGUGUGGAGAGGGAGGGUCCGCCUCUGGCUUCCUGGCCCCCUGCACCGGACGGGUGUAUUAUAGAUGCGCAUCAAAGCAGCCGGGCGGCGGGGGCCAGCGGACGGGUGCAAUGUGACGGGGUCGGGAGAGACUAGGAGGCAGCUUUAACCGCAUGGGAGGGAGGGUUUAACCAUUAACCUCCAUUAAUCAUUGAGGCAGCUGUGCGGAGCCGGUACCGUACAUAAGGCGUGCGCACCGGCGUCCACGCCUCAGCCUGAGCGCGUUAUCAAGAGGUGGAGGAUACGGCAGCCUGCCACACGAGUCCGCGUGCUCUCACCGUCCAUCACGCCGGCUUCUCUGCGUCCUAUCUCCAGACUAUUGACACUGAAAGGUAAGCACCAUCGAAGAGCCUUUUUAUUCCACUACCUGCUGGACAUUUCAUUGAACGAAGCGAGAAACCGGCUUUAGAGAGUCACAUUUAGCCAACCCAACGGAUUGUCGCGCACGCUGACUAUAUCUGCACCCACAUCCCUAACUCAGGUGCAGGCCGUGAGAGGCUUUUACAUAAUGACACUUUAAGAAGCGUUUGCAUUGAAAUGUUUGAGUUAAAUACUCGUGGUCAUGGUGGCAGUGACAUGGGCUCCAGUCCGGUGUUGGAACAGAAAGCCCCCCUGCCCUCGUUUAAAUGAGCAGUAGAAUAGAAAAGGAGGGCUCGUCUAUUCACUGCUGACCAGGGGAGCACUAAUUUACGCCUUUGCCAUGUUGGGUUCGGGUGGUAUUGGUCCUGACUACUAAACAGAGGAUUGUUUCAGCGGGGAAAAGUCUGUGUGCGGAUGUCGCAACAUGCAGGCGGAGGCAAGCAGCGUCAAAGGAGAGACAGUAAGACACGGUGCACCUUCAAAAUAAGAGUUUUUACUGAGCCCUGACAUCAGUCACCAAGUCUUAUAUUUUCGUUUCUAUGGUCAGUAAUGAGUGUGUCAGGAAUUUUUGUGUCAAAUUGAUGUGUUUUUGUCAAUGCAUAAAAAAAAAUAUCUAUCUAUAUGUAUAUAUAUAUAUAUAUAUUAAACUCCCUUUAAGAGUAGAUGAGUUCAGGGUAAUGCCUUCCAGUUACUCAAGGUUUGACUGGAGUUAUGUCAGUAACUUUCUAUCAAUGAUAUGUGAUAUUAUACUUCAAGUGAUUAAAGGAAUCAGACGGUGUUUUCCAAGAGGCAACCUGUUGAAAUGUGAGCUGAUUCAGAGAUGCAUUUCCUCAUGUGUCCUCUUUAGCUACAUCCAAAGGCUACAACACAGCCCUUCAAAAGUCCUGUCUGUAAGCUGCAGCAGAAAUAACCAUAAUUAAGCCUUACCUCUGUCCUCUGCGCACUUUGCGAUCAGGGUGUCUCAUUUUUUAAUUGAUUAAUAUUAAGAUAUUUAUGCUAUUUUUCAGAGGAGAUAUUAAAGUUACGAGUCAUAAACAUUGACUGUAUAUAAAAUGGAUGCAGUCUGCCUCUUCGCUCGGUGAAGCCACCUCAAGAACAGCACCCUCUGGUGACGGGCUGCAGUAUGGGUCAUAAAUCCCGCCUCCGCCAGCCAUCCUUAUGGGGCUGUGGACAAACUUUAGAAAUUUAUUACACAGAAUCUAAAAUUUUCUCCCCCUUGCUUGCGAUGUUGGCAUGUAGUUAUUGUCAGACAAGUUUGUGCUCAAGUCCUCUUUUUCCUUUGCAGCUCCCUUUUUAAAAGUUAUUAGUGGGUUCAUACCCACUGAGCAUUUUUUGGUCUAAAAGAGGUCAAAUAGAUGUCUAAAUGUAGUCUAGGCGACGGUCUAAAAUCAGGCUACCACAGGUCUAAAAAUGAAAAUUUUCAGACAUCUAAAUUUAGACCGAGUUUAGACUAGCCAGCUAACAGAGGUCUACCAGUAUAUUGCUCAAUAGCUAUCAUAAUUAUUUUGGUUUUGUACUUGGAGAUCAGUUAUGCAACUCACAGUUGCUUUUUGAAAUAAACACUUAUCGAAUAGCGGGUUAAAGUGCAACGUCUAAAUUCCGUCUACAGAUAAACAGAAUCUAGACAGUUGAAAUAAGGUCUAAAAGAUAACUAGAUGUAAAAUAGCCGUCUAUUGCUCAGUGGGAUUUUUUCUAAGAUUGACACUUGAUACAGCCUAUGAGCGUAUGAAGAUUGCAUAGCUCACCUGGAGGAUAUGCUGUUUGAGCCGAGCGUCCUCACAGCGACUCUCGGUGACUUUCCCGCCGAAUGCGUACAACGCUACUGUGCAAGUGGUGGAGCGCGUACAACACUACUGCACGAUGUUGGUUUCAGGAAGUGGAGAAAAACCGUAGAAUAACUGAGAGCUUUUUGGCUUCAAAUCCAUAUACUGGCGGAAGGUGGAACCAAGUUGUCCAUACAGUCUAUGGUCAUAAAGGGUAGCUGUAGCUGCAAGGAAGCUAAAGGCUAGCAACCAACUCAACCCCAAAAUUCCGUUUUUAUCAUCGUCAUUUCCAACAUAGACCUCUUAGCUCAGCUGUAAAGAGAGAUUGGUGACUUCACUGAGACCAGCUCUACAGUUAACGUUUCUAACUGUUGCGACUGGGGCAUUUUACUUUGAAAGGUACGACCGGAAGUCUUUGCUGUGCUUUAGGUUGCUUUGACGGUGGUGUCACUCGGUUUCCAGAGGAUGUACGCAGCACCUCUGUUAAUGGUAGAAUAUUUUUAGCCGCCGAGAGGAAAUUUGGCGCUGGAUGAAUCUGUUUUUAAACUCACUGUUUGCCUCCUUUCUUGUCUGCCAUGAUGUCAGUGUCGACAGAGUUUUUUUACUUUUAUUCUGAAGGGCUUGAGUUAGUCGUACAUCUGUCAAAGUGGUGUUACGGUUCUUGAGGACUUAUAUCAUCCACUGUAAUUAUUGCUAAUUUUUUUUAAAGAUGUUGGGAGUUGUAAUAGAUUUUGUUGAGCUGUUGUUCUUAGUAUUUUCUAUUUUAAAUAACUUACUUUGUAUUUAUUACAGUAACAUCAACCUGGCUGUUUUUUUCUUUUUCUGUUAACAAACUUAAAAAAAAAAAAAAAAACGUAUAUUUUGUAUAUUAUAUUGGUAAGACGGACAGAAGUAUUUUCCAAACUUGAAAACUUAAUAUCACCAUCAUUUAAAUGAAGUGGUACUUUUAACGUAUCAACGUCAUUGACAUUGUAGUGUAAAGUUGGGGACAGAGGUCUGUACUUGGGCUGCUGGAGAAUGUUGACAUUUGAGUGAUGAAUGAAUUUGUUCUCUUCCCAGGUGACUGCCCACUCUGCUUGGAGGUGCAGUGCUUUCCUGCAACCCGUAAUUCAAUCUUCAUACUGCAGGCCUUUAAAUAUCUCCCUUGAAAACCUGCCAGCAGCCACGUGGUGUAAGGUGAGACAUUCCCAGCCCAGCACACCGACCAGUCUGACAUGAUCAGUGAACCGAGAGUGUGACCAGUCUGCACUGCUUUCUGACUGGAGACCUGUGAUUUGAUUUUCCCUCUCGCUGAAACUUUUCUUUGAGGGACCGCUCAAAGUGACUGGAGAGGAUUUCUGUGCUCAGUUCCCGGGCUUUUAUUUUUCCUUUCUUUACUUUUUUUAAAACGGUAUGUUUUCUUCUUCUUUUUACUGGCCACACCGAAGCACCUUGCAGUGAAUGGAGAACAUACUGGUUUUGCUUCCAAAGCACCGACAGGAACACGGGCUCUGCAGAUGCACAGCUGCAUGUGCCUUGCUGCAGGUUUUUUCCUACAGAGCAGUUUUCCUCUGGUCUUUAAUAGCGACCCCCACUCCAUUGAAGCCUCUUUAAUGGGAUAAAUCAACUGGACUGACAGGUGCAAAACCAGGUCAGGUGACCAAUUCCAUUUGGACAACCCCAAAACUGUAAGGCCGAGCGACCAGACCAUUUCUUUUUCAAGCCCAUUGUCUUCAAAAGGCUUCCGCAUGGUACUUUGGUCGAAAGAACAAGACAAAGUCCCCGACAUCGACAUGUCCUCCGGGGCCAUUGAGGUGAAAAAAGAGGGAGGCCCUAUAACCCCGGCUUUCCUCAAUUCCAACUGCUCCGUCCACCCGGUGAUCCUCACCAAGGGCCCAGAGGAGGUGAGCCCAGGUACCGGGGGUGAGUUUGAGCUCACAGAGGUCACCAAUUUCACAGAGAGGGCCGGAGAGACUGGAGAGGAUGAGGAGAGGUCAGAGGUUGUGGUGGCAAUGGACUGCCGGGCAAACGCCAAAGGCCAGCGGGAGGAGGAUGCGCUCCUCGAGAACGCGAGCCAGAGUAACGAGAGCGAUGACACGAGUACCGACCACAGCCCAGAACCACCAGCACCCCUAAAAGAGACCUCAUUUACUAUUGGCCUGCAGGUGGUCUUCCCCUUCCUGCUGGCCGGGUUCGGGACAGUGGCAGCUGGAAUGGUGCUGGACAUUGUCCAGGUGAGUAAUCCUAAUACUGUUUGAUAAUGUGUCUGCUUCUGCAAGAUCUAAUUACAGUCUAUUAAAUCAGAGUCCAGGAUUCAGCCGUACUCUUCAGUAAGUUUUUCACUGCAUCAAAUCUUUUUUUUUUUUUUACUGAAAUAGAAACAGAACAGGGCUGUCACAGUAUUGCAUUUUUACUGCAGGACAGUGAUGACAGUGUUUUAAUGAAAAAAUUAGAAAAUGAAAACACAGCCAUUAAACAGAGUGGAGCUUCACAUCACUUCACUAACUUUUCUUAUUGAUCUAAUUGAAUUCAUCUUCACACACUACCACCCAAUUCUUAUGAUGCUCAAAGUUUUGUUUAAUCCACAUCACCAGUCUUGCCACUGAAAAAAAUGUUUGUGGUUCUUUUAUUUGGAUAUUUUAAUGGUCUUGUAUUAAGGUUAUUUUUUUCUGAUAUUACCAAAUGCAUGCUUUUAUUUUUUAAUUGCAGCCUGUGAUAGUUAUGGUAGCUACCAAGAAACGGGACUAAAUAAAAACAGCUCAAAGAACACUUGGAACAGUAUAAAGUUCAGUUUAUUAGCAGAAGCUCUUUCAAGUGUCUGACCCUACAGCUAGCUAGCUUUUGGCUGCUGCCCCUGCUUCUUCUUCAGUUUCUCUUAAACCUGCGAAAAGAAUCUUUUCUGCUUGUUACCAUGAACGAGUUAGUUUCAAGGUAUUUAUCUUUGCUUAUUUUUUUAGCUCCUAUCAGUAAAAUCAGUCAUCAUUAGUACCAGCACAUAGUCACAGCCCCAAGAGUAAGUAUUUCCGCACGUGUCUAGACACACCCAUUCAGACUGUAACCAGUUUAUUUGACUUUUCUUGCAAACCAGUUAUAGCAGGAACACCAAUCUCAGUUCAUACAGUGUGUCACAGCCAGAAGAGCAAGUGCUUCAGGUCGACUGUAUACUGUAACACGUGCACUGAAGAUGGGCUCGCCUCUUGGGAAUUUGAAUGAACUGGUCUUGCGAGCUUAGAUUGUCUAUGUCAGUCAUUGUCCUGGUGGCAUGUCUCUGGAAAUGGGUGGUGACACUUUUUCUUGUAAAAGGCCUGGCCACACAGUUACAACCUUCAGUGAUCUGUCACACACCCUUUUGUUUGUAAUCCUGCAUGCUUGAAUGUAAUGGAUGCAACAAUAGAAGGUGUUUAUUGUCUUAAUUUAGCCAGUUAUAGAUAAAAACACAUAGAAUCACUCUCUUUCCUUUCUUUUCUUGCUGACUCCCUGCAGUUGCUCUGAGUGUGACACAGUGUGCUUGUACAGUGUAAAAAUACAGGCCAAAGCCAUGCUGACAGGUCAAACACAGUCAGCUUGUGCUGCAGAUAAAGUUGAAGGUGUCCGGCUGCCAGGAGACCAGUUCAGGCACAUUGUGUACACGCAUACUGAUGCCAGCAUGGUGGACCCCAGGAACUCGGCACAGAGAGAAGGAAAGGAAGCAGGGGAGUAAGAGUACUUUCUUCGAGCACCUGAAAUGGCAGCGCACUUCUGUCAAGCUUGAGCCUGUGUGAAAACAAAACACAAUGAGGUUUCAAAGCCUUCAUUACCGUGUGGUUAGGUAUCCUCACUAAACCAGGAAUGCAGAGGUUUGAGGUCAAAAAGUUUUCAUGCUGCCUCAACCAAGGCACCAUGCUGCUGCGGUUUCUCCAGUUUCCAAAACACUCUGCACAUAUUUCCUCUGGAGGUAAAGCUGCUGGGCCUUAUCUCUCCCUCUGGUUAACUCUGCAUGUCUUGAAGAAUGCUUGCAAUGUGACGCAAGGUGAUGCAUGACAGUUAGUUUGAGACAAAUGCGUCUUUUAAGUCUGCACUGAGCACCUAGCAGGUUGUUGCCUCAGCUUAUUCCCCCCUGCAUGACACAGCAAAAUACAAACUCUGCUAAUCCCCUGGCCUUUGCAUAAAGGUAAUUGUCUCUCUCUCUCUCAAACAGACUCUCUCUCUCUCACUCUUGCUCUCCUCGUCAGACAGAAGCAGUCUUCUAAACUUUUAUGCUGUAGAGCCUCGAGAUGAUGUGUCUGCCCGGCCAAAGUUUAACAGUCGCGGCUUGGACCGACACAUGACCUGUAUUUGAGCGUCACUCUCUGUACGGUUUCUUUGAAAUGUGAUCUUUUUAACGUUCGUCUUACCCUCUUACCAUCUUCAGCUCACACGCACGUAGAGCUAAUGGCCCCAUUCCCACUCAAAGCUGGCCUCUGAAAGGACUCUACAGGCUCGUAUAGUCGGUGACUUGGCAGCAGAAUGACCUAAAACUGUCAGUCCCUUACAGCCAGGGCCAGAUACUUAGGACUUUGAGGGUGACCCACUUGCUUGGACUAAAGGUUACACAUAGUUUGUAAAGGUCAUGCGGUGCUUGUUUUCGUGGAAUGCCUGUGUCAAAGGCCAAGAGGUUCAUCUGCUAGACAGGAGAUACUCUGAAAUAUUUGGUUUUUGCAAACACACUAACCCUUAUGUAAGAAAAUUGGUCGUCCAUUAAAUUGUCAUCAUGCGUGAGUGUGUUAUUUUGUCUGCCUCUGUGUCUAGCCAUCUGUCCUGCGCUGCACUGUGGUGUCCACUGAUGUAAACAGUGAAGUAAGUGAAGAAGUGGGACAAAGUUUCAGCCUCAAAAACAGUCUAAAAAACAGUCACCGGUAAACAGGAAAUCAUGGUCUACACAAUGGCUUUCCACUAGCCAAGCCCUCGCAGCCCACCAGUCACCGUUUUGGCCCAACCACAUCCACUUGUUUGGUGCUGAAGCAGGAGCCGCAGAGAAACCAGAGCGUGGGCUUAUUCAUCGUCUCAGCUCCUUUUUUUUUCCCCAAUCAUGUCCCAGUGAACUGGACUGAGCAGAUGCUUCGAUAUCUGCCUCACCAGACUAAGGUCCUCUAUGUGAUCAAAAACCAAAACCAUCAGGGUUUUUCUAAACUUUCCGCAGUUUCUGUUGUCCUGUUUGACUGCUUGUUUUAGAUGUUUUGCUCUGUUAAGCCUUUCUACCAUGGGUGUGAUUUUCUUACAAUCAUUACCAUCAGCUCACAGCCUCAAACAUUGAACAAUAUCCCAUCUUUGUUUGGCAUUUGAGUGAUAACAACGGAAAGGAUUAGAGGGUUAGAUAGCUUUAGCAUUGCUAAAAACUCUAGCUAAUGUUUUACUCCGCUCCAAAUCCCUAGUAGUACGUCCGAGGUCUCAGCUUGUUUAUCUAACUGCUUAACUGAGUUUAGGCGUUUUAGCGUUCUCAAGACAUUCGGCAGCUUAAAUGCUUCGACUGGCGGUCUUAUUUUCCUCUCCAGAAGUAAUCUAAACUUAAUGAAUCGGGUCCUUAAUGUUAAAUAGAGUAAAGGGUAUGAACAUAAUAAGGUUAAUUUCCGGGGCUAAUGCUCGUUUUUCUUCAACUUUCAUUCCAUAAAAGUUAAGAUGCCAUGUUCAUGUUGAUAAAAACAGAACUUGAUGGUUUGCAAAUCAUUUAAAUGUUAUAUUGAAUUAAAAAUAGUGCAAAGAAAGAAUAUCCAAUAUUGAACUGAAAUGUUUGACUGGAGAAAUGAUAACAUGAAGAAGUAGUGUAGCACCACAGUAUUGAGAAAAAAAAUCACCUGCAGAGGACAUCAACCAUCUGAUAAAGUCAGUUUGCAACAGUUUUGUAACAUGAUGAGUAGGAGUGGGAGAAAAAAAUCGAUAAAGCAUAGAAUUUGAUAUUUUUGUCUGGUGAUAUCGUCUCAUUUACCAAGUAUCAAUUUUUUAUAAAUUGUUGAAAUUAAGUCAAAUCUGUGAUAAUGGAAAAAUAAAGAUGUGCUACAUGAAAAUAGAGUACUGUGUAAAUAAGACAAACAUAAAGGAAAGACAAAUGCUUAAUUAGCCAACAGUUGAAAAAAUGGUAUAAAUUGCAAUAUACUGUAUCACAAGGCUACAACAUAACUGGAUGACCAUAGAUCUCAGGUUGCACUGCAUUACAAAUCGACUCAGUCUUGUAAAUCACUGCACAGGCUCCAAAUCCCUUUCAAAAACUAUAAAGUGUGAACCGUCACUGCAUCCAUUAACAGGUGAAGAGGAAACCACUUCUGAACAUGAUCCAAACAACACUUGAUGAGCACUUUGGUCUGGGGAAUCAAAGUUCAACACUCUUCUUGGAUGUCAUGGACACUCGGUUCUCUGCUCUACUGAGACCUCCCAGUUUUUUGUUAGUGCACAGUUCCAACGACAACAUCUGUGAUGGCAGAGGGAUGUAUCAGUGCCUGUGGCACAGGCAGUACUGAACAUGACGUACAGAUUUAGAACAUGUGCUGCCUUCUAGAUAGUACCUUUGGUCAGAGAGGACCGUCAUACUUCAGUGAGACAAUUCCAACACUCCAUCUGCAGGUAUUAAACAGCAUGGCUCUGUAGUGGUAGAGUCUUGCUGCUAAACUGGCCAGUCUGCAAUCCUGACUUGUCACCUACUGAAAACAUUUUGUUUGCGUCAUGAAACUAAAAUCAUGACACCCUGAGCUGUUAAGUUGAAAUCUUAUAUUAAGCAAGAAUGGUACAAGAUUUCACUUUGAAGACUCCAGACUUGAUUCCUCUGCUCUCAAAUAUUCUCAGCAUGUUGCCUAAAGAAAUAUUUUACAGCAAACAGCAAAAUUUCAACAUUUGUUUUUUUGUCUUUUCACUAUUUCCAGUUUAAGGUAAUGCUUGAAUAAUUUAAAAACCAUUACAUCCUGUUUUCAUUUUCCCCGAUGUUUUUUGAGCCAUGGUUUCAUGUCAAACACUUAAACAUCCAAUAAAGUUGGACGAAGCAAUGUAAAACAUUACCUUACUGUCAUGUGUUUGCACACAAGUCUGGACCAGAGCCAGAAACAGACACCAUCAGACGUAGUUUCUGGGACGCUGCCGAAGUUGCGUAAACAUUGCACGCCAUUGGGUUCAGUUCCCCUGACAGUACAGUAAGUACAGUGGUCACAAAUAAAGUGGGGCCAUGUUACUCAACUGGGCAACCCGACCCUUGGGGGACUUGCAUACCAGAGCUCCUAUAGGUCUGUACACAGAGGUACUGGGGUUGUCCAGUGGAGUUCUCAGAACCAAGGAGGUGGCCGUGAGGAGGGAGGGCUUGCUUGGCUCGGAGCCAGUGUUCCAUGGAGACAACAACAUAUAUCACCACAGGGGAGGCCGAGAGGAAGAUGGAGAAGAGAGACAGAAGUAGAGAGAGGGAGAAAGCUUGAAAACAUGUGGCUGUGAAAGGGGAGAGAAGUGCUUACAGAGGUGCUCACAAGGCUGCUGGGUUGGCAGAAGGCAGUGAGCCAGGCUAAGGGGCUGCCUGUUAGACAAGAGCUCUGCUUGGACCGGUGACAGCAAGGGCAUGGACUGAGCGAGUUUAACCCGCACUCCAGUUUUGGAGAGAAACCUACUGCAAGGACACAAACUCAACUGUAGAGUACAGCCCUUAUCAGCCCUGUACAUCUGGAUGCACAGUGGGGGCAACACACUAAACAGAGAUGUUAGCUGGCUGGUGUGAGAAAUGGGGCCAACUGUGUUUUUACUCUGCUUCAACGUGAGCUACCCCUCUAUUUUCCUCCCCUCUUCUAUUUUCUCCUCUCCUCUUUUCUUUCCUGUGUCAGCCUCUGUGAAUAUUGAUUCAGUUCUGGGUAGACCGGACUGUAAGUGCCGGGGGCCUGUGGGCCUGGCUCCAAAGAUAAGCACUUUUCCUGGAGAUAGAUCGAUGGCCAGGCCCCAGAUAUAGUUUGUGGCCGCAGUAGACCAAAAAAACUGCUAUCACGGCAUGUGCCCUAAUGGAGGCACAGCAGAGAGAGGCACUUCACCACAGUGACUGGCUCAGGGACUUACUGGGAACCCGGAGCUCAAGGACUGGCUGGCAGCCAGAUAGGGGGUUAUUGAGGGUCAGGUCCAAUGACACCAGCUAUACAUUUCAUCAGAGACCAUCUACUAAUAUCUGUGCGCGUGGGUGAGCCAUGUGCCUGCCAUAUGAAACUUGAUUAUCACUGAGCAAACUAAUCGCUCAUGUUGAAUCACAAUUUGUCUUUGGUUAUGUAGUAAUGAAGAAAGCGGGAUGAGGCUCAGGGUACCGGGCUGAGCAGUAAGGCUGCAAAGGGAGCAGCAAUUAGCAAUUUCAGAAUAAACUUUGAUGAUUGUUUUGUCUUACCAUUGAUUACCUCCUGUCUAGAUGCAAAAACUUACACGCAAAUGUGAAUAAAAUAUAAAAUUUAUUGUAAUGUAGGUGUGAUAUUGUAUUUGUUCGUCCUGUAUGUCCUGGAUUCUCUCAUUUAAAAAGCAUGAAUCUGAAAUCUUGAAGCAUGAGUCGUACCUGGAGAGUUUUGGCAGUGCACCAGGUGUUACCUAACAGCUAUAGUGUACUAUUUGCUGUACUAUUUGUUGGGAAAGUUCAUUUUCUAUAUGAACUCGUUCAAAGUUCAGUUGACAAAUUUUGAAAUGAACUUGUUCAGUUCAUCAUUCAUACUUUUGAACCAAGCUCACAGUUCCAAAAAUGAACUAAUUCAGUUCUUUUUUUCCCAUAUGCUGCUUUGGACUAUUAUUUCUAAAAAAUAUUGCCACAGUCCAUAUAGAACCCCAGACCACAAUAAUUUUAUCAGUUUUAACACCAAAACAAUGCGUCAGAUUGUUUUAUAUUUAAAACAAGUCAUGACACUCGUUCAAAUGAUCAUACAACACAUCCUUGCUGGUUUGUCGUGUUGAGUUUUGUCUCGUCCAUGCCACUUCUGUCGCCUCCUCCAUUCUGCAUUCUGUUUUGAUGACGCAUGCGGCAGCGCGACACUGGUGGCCGGCGUUGCUAGAUUGAUUUUUUUUUUUGUUCUAUUUUAAGUAUUAUUCAGUGUUUUUAGCCUGAUUUUUUGCUGAAAUUUGGCACCCUAUUGAACGAAGAUGAACGAGAGAGCGUGCCGUUCACAGACACCAGAAUGAAGGAGUUCACAGUAGCGUUCACCAGGCAGCAGUACUCUAUGUUCAUCUCACGUUCCUCCAAAAUAUGAGCGAGUUCAUAAACUAUCGUUCAGUGAGCGCAGUCAGGCACAACACUGAGUAUUCAGCAGAGCGCUGGUGUCCAGGUCAGCCAAAUUCAUGUUUAUGUGUACACUGCUCAAGCUGUCUUUUAUUUAUUGUUAUUAUUUUGCCUUCUUGGUCAAAUUCUUAUAGUAAAUAUUUUUGUUCCUAAAAAUCAUCACUUUUACCCUAAUGGGGGAAAAAGUUCAGAAAUAACUUGAUCUAAAAAAAGCACAGGUGAUAGACGCUUUGGCAGUAUCUGAAUUUAAAAUGGGUAUAAAGUUGAAUAAACGAGGCAUCCUUGUUUUGACAGUUGGACCAAGGAAAGGGGAACUAUCACAGGCAUAUGGAAUAAAACCCGGAGGUGCUAGUUUUGCUAAUAUUAGCCACACUCAUCAAACUAAUGGGAUUUCACACUCAGUCUUGUCAGCAGGAGUAAAGAUACACAGUGUACCAUGGCGGUGAAUAAUUCAUGUGCGUACACAGGUUAAUUGGUAUUUGCUUGAGUAACAAUGAUGCGAUGAAGACUCAUGUUUUAUUAUAUGCUUUAAAAUUGUGUUGAGGUUUGAAUCCAUCUGCCUGAAAGCGGAAGAUCAUAAAGACUGAUGGAUAAAGGUGAAUCACAAGGGACGGUCAGCAUGCCGGCUGAAGCAGGAGGAUGAUAAAUCAUUUCAGCCUGAAGUCCUUCUGACCUUGUUCUUGUUUAAUAAGGGGAGCAGAUAGCUGACAGGAUACAUAGUGUAAAGGUCUAAAGAGACAGCCUCUCCGGUCCAUCAUGAAGGUCCAGUUUCAUGACUGAAUCAAUACGAAAGAACAAGGUCGAAGAGACGUGCUGUUCUCAGUGAUUUCUUCAUGUACCUGACUGUACACUGUGUCUCUGUGAACCUGAACGUCCUGCUUUCAUCUGGCUGCAUGUGAAGCAUGUUGAUGUUGUCUCACUGAUGUUUUCUGUUGUUUUUGCAGCACUGGACCGUGUUUACGGAGGUGUCGGAGGUGUUCAUCCUGGUCCCAGCACUGCUGGGGCUCAAAGGUAACCUGGAGAUGACGCUGGCAUCAAGACUUUCCACAGCGGUAAGAAACGCACGUGUGAAUGUACUGGUGUGAUGAGUAAAGAGGUGUUAAGAGGUGUAAAGAGAGCCAUAGAUCCCGCAGCAGGUACUAAAGGUUGUUUUCAGACACAUGAAUGGAAAACUUGACAUAAUUGGAGAAGGUGUUUCUCCUCCUUCAGAGCUGACAGAUCUGUUUUCGUUGCCUGGAAACUCUUGUCAGACCCAUUAAAGCUGAUUGUUCCUGGAGUCAGAGGUCACAUUGCUCAAACAUGACCUGGAUUUUGGACAAACUGAUAGCAAAUUCCUGCCUCAUUCCUUUGUUUUUUAGCAGUCACUGACCCUGCCUGGCUUUUUCCUUGAGCUCACACAUUUUUUUACCCAUUUAUUUAAUUAUUUAUUUGAUUAGGACAAAGCACAUUGAUCAACCUAUCAGCAAAAGCACCGAAGUAAAUAUGCUGGAGUUGCACAGUUGCUAAAUUUCAUCCUUUGUCCCAAGGCAGGUAUCAUGAAAUCAACAUUCAGACAAUACACCAUGACAGUUGGAUAAAACAUCAAUCAAUCAAUCAAUCAAUCAAUCAAUCAGUCUUUAUUUGUAUACCACUUUUCAUACAAAACCAUGUAGCACAAAGUGCUUUACACAGCAGAAGAAUGACAGAAACGAUGAAUACCUUACUCUACGGCAGCCCCUCCCCUUAUUCUCACCCUGCAAUCUAAGCUCAACAGAAACGAGUAUUAAAAUGCAUUAACUUGAAAAGAGCCGGAUUUCGUAGAAACAGGAAUGUGACACAGUUUCUAACAUUUGCCCAAAUGUAGUCCUGCGUCAUGUUCCAUCACAGUUCCUCCAGUCAGUGCCCUGGUGUUUGGUGUUUUAGAAGGUUUUUCUUUAUCAAGUCUUUUAGUAACCAAGAGGCUAGUCCAUCUCAAACCUUGAGGAUAAUUCGACAGACAUCCAAAAACAGCUGGUGGAUAUUGAUGUCCAAGAUUUAGUACUUAUUAACAAUGUUACAGCAAUGAAAAUGGGUUUAGGUUUUUUUGUCAAGAGCGUUACAGACCCACUCCGAUGAAAUCCUGUUUUUCUUGUUGUCUACAUGUUCAUAUGUCAUUUUUCUGAUGCUGUGGCACAUAUCAUGAGAAAUGUAAAUGCGAAAUUGUGUUUCUGUGUAUUUCUACAUUCAAAUUGCUGAGAAUCUCUGACAGACCCAAACAGCAGGUUCAGACCAGUGAGAUUUCCUAUGUCACACCUGCAAGCUCCGCCCCUGGAGCCCCGUUAUACAGGCCAGACUUAGAGAAGUAGAAAAGACAAUCAUGGGACAAGUGUGUGCGUUAGCGGAUUGCAAAGCUCGUAAGAAAGCUGAUUAUGAUAUGUCCCGAAAGACAUUAAUGUCCGAGAGCUGAAUAGCUAGUAUGUUACCUGCCACUUCUACUACACCUGCAAUGUUAGGCUACAAGCUAGCAUGAAGAGGAGUGUGCAGAGCAGCGCUGUCUCUGCCCACGACUCAGAGGCAAAUUGCUAAUGAGCUACUGGAGCUCUGCAGAAGAAGAGUCCUUAAAAAUGACAAAGGUAACGUGAUUUUGGCUAAAAACGUCAUCAUCACAAUUUAAAGACCACUGAGGACACUUGAAAUAGAAAAAAAUAUAGAGAGUGGGACUUUCAGUGUGAGUGUAACGUUUAAACCAAAAACUCUUGACUUACUAUGUCCAUUUCAAACAACAGCAGCAAGAUAUCACUUGAUAAUGGAGCAGUUGGUGACUACAUCAGUCUGACAGCCAGGCUUUCUAACGUGGGGUGGCCAAGAUGGGGCGAUAACUUUUGCAGAGGCGGCAGGAGGAGUGCGUGUACACAUCAAUGAGUUUUGGGGCUUUUUUGGCCUUGAGUGACAGAGAGAAGACAGCGGAUAGAAAACAAGGGAGAGAGCAGGGAAUAACUUGUAGGAAGCAGGCCACAUGGUGGGAUCAAACCCAGGCCGCAUGCUGUUGUGAGGUACACCAGGGCCACAAGGCUACUGGCACCCUAAUAGGUAAAAUUUGAAGAAAAAAAAAAGGGUUUUGUUUAGAGUCACAGUUUUAGGUACGCAUACUGAAAUACAAAGACAGCCACUGGAAGUCUGGGAGUUUUACGUCACCGGAGUGGCCAGCUGAAUAGUAAGGGGAAACGGGGGGGAUGCUGUUUGCAAAGUUUCCACAAGCAGAGGAUUUCUGCUAAAGCUAGGCUGUUUUUUUUUUCAUGGGUAAGCUCUGCUCUCCACUCACCUAAGAUUGUCAGUCAUAUAGUCUUAAAGGUCAAUAACCUGACCGGUAACAAGUUUUCAAGGCAUAAGAGAAUUGGCACAGUGUCGCUCUUAAGCACACCAAUCCUCACAUUCUUUCCACUGGACUGUGGGAAAUGUGAGGAAGCUGAUUAGCAUUGCUAGCAGUGUCCCUCCCAGUGAGGAGCUCAACUCAGAAACACGACCAACAUAAUCUAUUUGAACAUGACCGCUGGAGUUACGAGUGAAAUACGUGAACGCACUAACUGUUGAUUCAGAUAUUUGUUUCCCUGCUGUGAUAUUAAAGCACCACUGUUUGUUGGCUGAGAUACUGUGGGAAACAUUUAUUCUUUAAAACUGCAAAAACCUUUUAGUCAUCUGCUGCAGAAACUGAAUCAAGACAUAAAGGUUAAUAUUUUUUCAAAUAGUGUUUCAUUUAACUGGAUAUGACAGUGAAUAAAUGUCAGAUCAGGAAGUUGAUCCAACAAUGUAUUACAAAUGCUUCCACACUGAUUUAUCAAACUGUGAACGGUUAUCAUUAUUUGGCUAAUAUUUGAUAUUUGAGCGUAUGUUAUCAUUUGCAACUCAAAUCAUAGUUAUAGAUUUGGUCAAAAAUGAGGAUUUUUAGACAUGUUAGCCAGCGUAGUGUAACAGAAAUCUCACAUCCAUCAAUUCAAACUAGGCCACAUUCUGAUUCCUUGUCCUGAGACAUAACUGUGAGUUCUCCGCUGGCUGGCCCCAGCAGGACCAUGUUUCUUUCCAUGCCGCCCCUAAUUAUGAGCAGAUUAAGACCACUGUAAGUUUCCUAAUGCGCUUAUAACUGAAAAACAUAAUGUAAUCCCUCGCACUGGCUGGCAGUUUGAGUCCUCCGCUCACAUGACUGUGUUUCCUAUUUGAGUCCUUUUCUCUUUUAACCUCUUUGUCUUCCAACAUUUGACUGAAGUGAGACUUGCCAGUCUCUGUUUUAUUCUUGUUGGCCCAGUUUAAAGGAAGUGCACAGCUGCCGUCUCACUGUGUUUCAGCCUUUCUUGUGGAUUCAUUGGUUAGUCCUCUCUUUAACUCGAGAUUACACCUGCUACAAAAUUCCACUUUACCUCAUUCGAUUUGUAUUUGAUGUUAAAAAGAGAACAAGGAAAUGAUAUUCACAAAGAGGAAAAAUGAAAUGGUAUUAUCUUUCAACUGAAAAAUGAUUGAGGCCUAUGAUCCAAAGCCUGUAAUGCCUCUUAUGUCCCAUGAGUCACUGCAACUAUAUUCACAGCGCUGCAUCUCUGUGAUAAUCCACACAGCAGUAAUCCACCCGCCCACUCACAAACACACACACACACCCAAAGAUGAGGACUUGGCAUCAUUAUUGCAUUUCAUCACAUAACACCAGGCAAUGCUUCUGGGAUUUAUGACAUCCAUAGUCCGCUCAGUUUUUUGCAUAUUGUAUAUAUAAAGAAAGGAAAAUAAGCUAAAACUGGACAAAGUUAGAACUCCUGAAAUCCUGUAGAAUUCACUGACAUAAGGUCUGUCAGACAGAAACAUCAUGUAUGUUUGCAUGCAGGGUUCAUCACUGAUUUUCACUGACAUUUGUCCUCUUGUUAUCUCUCUGCCUAACCAAAACUCUCUGAUCAGUGUUUGAGGCGGUCUGCCCCCCCUCUGCACAGCGGUCAUCCAAGCGCACGUGUACACGCUGCUGAUGGCAAAGGGGCUGUUAGCAUGCCUCUGUAACUGGCAGUUUUACAGGUUAUAAUGGCAUUACUAAACACAUGAUCAUCCUGUCAUCAGGGCUGCUGGGAGGAGAGCAACACAAACACACACACGGGAGAAAUAACAAUAACACACUGACGUCAGGACCGAAAUCUGUAGGGCUUUUUUUUUAUAACGAGCUCUGUUACAUCCAUCUCUAUAAGGUUGAAAUUAUUUUCAAUUCCACUGUUGUAGUCUCAUAGGUGCUGAUUUGAUUUGGAUGUAUCCAAACCUUUAAGUUUUGCCCUUUUCUCACUUUAAUAAUCUUUACUUUGUUGCAUUUGUAUCUUUCUCUAGUAAAGACAAGAAACACUUAAUCACAGGCCAGUUCUAUGCAUUUAAUUGAAAGUAAGCAUUCAUCGGUGCAUUGCAGCCUACCUUUAAAGUUCUCUAAAGGGUGCAGUGGAGUUUCGCAGCCCAAGGAAGAACGUUUAUGAUUAUUACUUCAUGGAAAUGCAAUCAGACUGAGAUGCUAAGGCAGAAGAACUACCGCGUCAUCAGUGCAAAAUGAUUAUUACGAUGAUUAUAAGUUCACGGAAAUGAUCUUCUGCACUCAGUGAUCGACUCGUCAGGGCUCCCCCACAAACAAGCAGGGGGUGUCUAACUCAGUGUUAUGAUGUGUUUGACCCUUAGUUAAUUUUACACCGGAAUAUUCCUUUAAACACUUGAAACAAAUAUCUGGAUUAUUGACCAAAUAUUUUAUGCUGUUCACUAUUCGCUAUUUGCUAACUUUGUCUGUCUGGUUGAGUGGAUUUAUCACAGCUUUGAGGUGAGGAGAGAUGAGGCAAAGCAAGGUGAGGCAGCUGUAAUUUUCUUGCACAUUUCAAACAGAGACAACUCCCAAACGGAUCAUUACUGGUGGACAAAGAGAAGAAUAAGGCUUUCAAAAUUAAUAAUACAUUAAAGCUCAUGACUUAGGUGUGAAUUUGCCGGUGUGGACCAACGUUAAGAAGUCUUUUGUCGUAUUUUUGCCAUCCAUCAUUAUUAUUCCUGUCAAUAACAGAAACAUAAUUGAACUGUGACCAAAGCUGAAUUGUAUAAAAACAUUAUAAAGAUGAGAAACAUGCAGCCAUCAAUUAAAUAAGAUUUAAAUGGUACCUGUUAUUAUCAUUUGCACCUUUUAUUUGGUGAGACACCUUUAAAGAAGCUGCGCAUGACUCGCUCCUUAUUUACUCCUCAUCCCACCAUGUGGCCAAAUCAACCACUUGCGCAGUAGCAUUGUAUGCAUUGGGCGGGAGAGUUGCCAAGAGUUGCUGUGAUGACGCUAACCUCGUGUGAAUGAAUAGUAUUUACUGGUUUUAUUUGCGUGUCAAAGGUUAUUUCAACAGUAAUUCUUGCCAAUUCGACUGGCAGGAUCAAGUGAUAGACAAAGGUUUUUACAAUUUACCAGGUAAUCUGACCUCCUCUUACUUUCCUCCAGGAGAGCUCCUUUUUAUUCCGGUUGCGGUAAUUAAAAGUAAAGGUAUCAUAUAUAUAAUUUGGGGUGCUCACACACCGACACAAUCGAUUUGUCCUCCAUUUCAGAUACCAGUGAACAACCGUCUGUUUUCAUAUGUCACCCAGCAACCUUUGUAUUAAUUGAUUAUCACAAGGGGAAUAUCUACUCAAUUUGAGACAUUUUCAGCUCCCGUCCCAUUCGCGUCAUUCGCGCCGCCAUAGUAGUAGGAGCGACUAAUCACGUCUUUUGAUUUAACAUGUAAUUUAGUUAUGCAAAUGAUUCUACUCGCGCUUGGUGUGUGGAGACAGUAAGAGUAACUACAUGUCAACAUCACAAGCAGGGGGGUGAAAGAUUUAUUUUCUGUGUAAUUAAUUUCUAAAGUUUAUGAAAAACUCCUUUAAGAUUGCUGAAGGUGGCGGGACUUGUGACCUAUACUGCAGCCUGUCACCAGAGGGUGCUGUUCUCGUGGUGGCUUCACCCAGCGAGGAGGCAGAUGGCGUCCAUUCUAUAUCAUUGCCAUCAUCAUUUAUAUGAAGUAAUAAUCAUCAUAAUAAUCAUUUUGCACUGAAGACGCAGUAGAUCUUCUGCCUUAGCAUCCCGGUCUGAUUGCAUUUCUUUGAAGUAAUAAUCAUAAAUGUUCUUCCUUGAGCUGUGAAACUCCGCUGCACUCGGUGAUCGACUGUUGCGGUGUGUUUGACCAUAACUUAAAUUUACACCGCAAUAUCCCUUUAGAAAGAAGGAUCAGUUAUACAAAGUCUUCUUUAAAUACUUGUCCAAAAAUAAUCACUAAUGUCAAAAAGAUCCAUCUUAAAAACUCGUGACAGGUUACAGAAGGACUUCCAUCAGCUCUGAUCGAUUCUCUUGUCAUAAUAUUUUGAACACAGCGGACAGAUUAAUUACAUAACCGGGCUAAACCAUUAGUUUGUUCAAAGCCGCUCCAGCAAUGAGUCUUUUUUUCUCAACAAAAAGGACUAUUGCAAGAGAGAGGGUUAUCACAACUGGUUCAUAUGUUGAGAAGUGUUUUGAUAAAGCAUGUACAGUAUAUAUUAUAUGAAGACACACCAAACUUGACUUGACCAAACAGAAACCCCUUCAGAUCGACUUUAUCUGUGCUGAUGUGCUCCAACUUUGCUUUGUCACGCCGUAGUGCAUUAUAAAACCGAAGCAUAAAGCAGAUCUUCUCCAACACAGACUUGAAUGUGUUUGGAUGAGUCCAGAUGUUCCUCUUCCCUCUGCUUAUGUAAAUGUUAGAGGAGAGAGAGGAAGAGGAGAUCCUCUGUUUGUGUCCUCUCACUGUGGAUGAGCAUCAGGAUCAUUUCUCUGGACACACAGUAGCCCACUGUAGCUGCAGCCACUCGACACUUGAGACCAUCAGUGUUUGUGUUUGUGUGUGUUUGUGUUUGUGUGUGUGUGUGCAUUAGAGAGAGAGAGUGAGAAGAAGAGAGGGGAGAUGAGAUAAGUGGAGUCUGCCGCAGGGUGGGGAAUCAGAUCAGAGGGUCUUUGUCUUGAGAACUGACAUCUGAUUGUUCCUAUGGGACCAAGUGGCAACAGCAUGAACACGCACUGUGUCCCCACCCAUACUCACGCACACACAUCUACACCCAACAGACACCCACAGAUGGUAAUGUGCUGACCUUGUGUGUUCUCUCUCUUUCAGGCUAAUAUUGGUCAGAUGGACACAGCCAAGGACAUGUGGAAGAUGAUCAUGGGGAACUUGGCCCUCAUCCAGGUAAAGGACACUCAUCUGUAGAGGACAAUGGAGCAGAGUCCUGUGUUAUCAAGCAGCUCUUGUCCAGCAAAUGAGGAAGAAUCAGAUUGGAUCAGAUAAUCCCGAUGUUUGCUCUUAAAGUCCUUCCCCAAAAUACUCAAUAACUAUAUAAGAGUUGGUUUAGUGCAAGUAUGCAAAAUAGCACCAUUUUGGGAAUCAGCCUCGAGACCUAAUGUUUCGUUAAAGGCGGUUCUGUAAAACCGAGUCCCGUCAUCGUGAGAUGUGACCUUGGCAUGAAGCAGUGGGAAAAGCAUGGCUGCAAACUACCAGUAUAAAUUAUCCAGCUUAUUACCCAGUCUGAAGUCUAAAACAGCUUAGUAAGCUUGAUUGGGUGGAGCAACGUGUACAUGAAUAUGAAUCGUCCAUAGACUUUACUAAUUAACACAAUCUUGUCAUGUAAUAUUUUUUCCUGUCUUGCAGUGAGGUCGCUUUGUUCCUGCAUUGUCGAACUGUGUUUCUAUUUGAAGUGUAGGCUACUCCUGCUAGAUGGUAGGGAUGGGUGAUGAAUUAUCGUUCACGAUAUAUCAUCAGAAAAUUCCUCCUUGAUAAAUAUUUGCCAUCUCAUGAAAAACGCAAUAAAUGCAAGUUUAUGAUGUAAGUGUGAGUGACGGACUCACAGCCGUAGCCCACACAGAGCAGAAAAACAAACAAACAUGGCCAAAGGUAAUGUAUUUGGUUUCCAAAUACAUUGACAGUUUAAUUAGAAAUAUCCUCCAUGUUUAUAUUAAUAAUUGUAAUAAACGUUAGACUAUAGCACCUUUAAAAACAAGAGUUUAUAAAAUAUUUUAAUACAAUAGGAGAGAAAGAAAUUUUAAGAAAUCAGGAUACAGGUCAAACUGAGGGUCAAAUAUCCUGUUUUCUUCUGAUGCUAUCAGUUAUGUUUUUGCCACAUGGUCAACAGGAGAGGAUACACUCAUAAUCAGAAUACUAAAUAUGCUCUAACUGUGGAUUGAUCCAAUACAUGUGAUGAGUGGGAUCCUGGUGUCUCUUUGGCCAUUCAGAUGAAAUAUUGAUAUGAGAUUUGGACCAAUCAGAGCACAGCCAGGUGAUUGGCAAGAGAGGUGGAUCAUUAUAACGUAUGUAUGUAUGCUCGUUUUGGGAACAGAAGAGUAAAAAGGUAUGAGAGACUCAGAAGUGGAGUUCAUUGAGGUCAGAUGGGACGAGAGACGGCGAUAAGUCAAUGUUAGGACUAUUGCCCGACUCGUUAUAAAUCAAGGUUUGGUUGAACUUUAAGAAUAAAGGCCAAUGAUAGGUUCAUUAGAUAACCAGUGGGGUAGAGAAGGGGAAAGACAUGGAACUGCAGAGGGGCAGACAGAAGAUACUGUAUUUGGCAUCAAACCGAGCCCUUUCUGUAGUCAAAAUCACACAACUAAAGGCAAUUUUUUUUUUAAUUCAGGCACUAAAAUAUCAUUUCCUCCAAGACUUUUAUCCCACAAAAGGAAAAAAAUUAAGAUUAGGCUACAUGACCAGCUCAUCAGGAUUUUUAACAGCAAACCAAGACUGAGAUUUUUCUUGAUGCAGUGACCCAGGAAACUCAGGUUUUCAUUGACUUGACAUUUGAGGAAUUCAAGGACUGCUCAACUCGAGAACAAUCUGGUGUCAUAAGUGCUCUGUAUUUACAGUAAACACUGCCAGCUUUAUCUCACAGACCUAAAACCCUUAACAAGUCGCUUUAAACUCUAGUUAAAGCACCCUUUCACAUAAAUAUUUCACCUGUCGUUUGAUUACAUCACACCUCUGGAAUGAUAAAGAUGUAAGUUGUCGCACCUAAACAGGUGCAAAAACACCGAUGAGUCAAGGAAGUGUGACACACUCUGAAAAUAACUCGUACCAGGAGGCAAAGAGUUGGUGUGACAUGAAAUCACAUGAGCAGGAAACUGCAGACACGCUUCACGUCUCUUAAAUGAGCAGAGUGUAAGACAGUGAGUGAACACAAACAGUGUGUGUCCUGAAUGAAAGUCAGCCUCGCCCCAUCCAUCAAACAUGUACUUAUUUAACUGCCUCGUCCACAUCCUCUCCUGCCAUCAUUGACGCUGUUUCCUCCAUUAAAAUCCUGGUCUCUGUUUGAUCCUUUGUCAGCAGCAUUAAAGCUGGUUUGUGGUUAUGUAAUAUUUGUUGAGCCUGUAGUUCCUGGAACACUUCAGACACGCUUCACGUCUCUUAAAUGAGCAGAGUGUAAGACAGUGAGUGAACACAAACAGUGUGUGUCCUGAAUGAAAGUCAGCCUCGCCCCAUCCAUCAAACAUGUACUUAUUUAACUGCCUCGUCCACAUCCUCUCCUGCCAUCAUUGACGCUGUUUCCUCCAUUAAAAUCCUGGUCUCUGUUUGAUCCUUUGUCAGCAGCAUUAAGGCUGGUUUGUGGUUAUGUAAUAUUUGUUGUCCGUGCACGUAGAAAGGUUUUCUUGUACUCAUCACAAGUUAACUGAUACCUGUUCCCAAUCAGUAAGAGCCAGUGUCUGUGUGUAUUUUCUGUCCAGGUCCAGGCCACAGUGGUGGGGUUCCUGGCCUCCAUAGCUGCUGUGAUCUUUGGCUGGAUCCCAGAGGGACACUUCAGGAUGGGCCACGCAGUCCUGCUCUGUGCCUCCAGCGUGGCCACGGCCUUCAUCGCCUCUCUGCUGCUCGGUACGUCAGGUGUAUUUACGGUUCAGAGUUAAUUCAUUCAUUAACAAGUAAGAUGGGGUCAAAUUUGACUCCACUUCACUGUCAAAUUUAACAGAGUGGUCAGUUAUCAAGCUACACAAGAAUAAAUGGACUCUUCCGCACUAGCCUCAUAAAAUCUAAUAAUAAACCUGUAGCCACAAGCAUACUGAAUGAUGACAUUCUGCCACACGGUAGGCUUAAAUGAUGAAUAUAAUUUGGUAAAUGGAACAGAUCCAACAGGACUAAGACUCUACAAUGUUGUUAACUUAACAGAGGCGUGUCCAGACUUUUCUGAUUAGUAGGAAACAACUGGGGCGCCAACAGUGUGUGAGCACACACACAUAUAUACACAUACACACAUCUUCCCUGUCUUCUUGUAAAACUAUCUCUUAAAUAUCAUAAAAAUGUAAAAUUCUUGGACAUAAAUGUUUGAUUUUAAAAACAGAUUGGUGACAUAUAUUCACCGGCCACUUUAUUAGGUACACCAUGCUAGUAACGGGUUGGACCCCCUUUUGCCUUCAGAACUGCCUCAAUUCUUCGUGGCAUAGAUUCAACAAGGUGCUGGAAGCAUUCCUCAGAGAGCUUGGUCCAUAUUGACAUGAUGGCAUCACACAGUUGCCGCAGAUUUGUCGGCUGCACAUCCAUGAUGCGAAUCUCCCGUUCCACCACAUCCCAAAGAUGCUCUAUUGGAUUGAGAUCUGGUGACUGUGGAGGCCAUUUGAGUACAGUGAACUCAUUGUCAUGUUCAAGAAACCAGUCUGAGAUGAUUCCAGCUUUAUGACAUGGCGCAUUAUCCUGCUGAAAGUAGCCAUCAGAAGUUGGGUACAUUGUGGUCAUAAAGGGAUGGACAUGGUCAGCAACAAUACUCAGGUAGGCUGUGGCGUUGCAACGAUGCUCAAUUGGUACCAAGGGGCCCAAAGAGUGCCAAGAAAAUAUUCCCCACACCAUGACACCACCACCACCAGCCUGAACCGUUGAUACAAGGCAGGAUGGAUCCAUGCUUUCAUGUUGUUGACGCCAAAUUCUGACCCUACCAUCCGAAUGUCGCAGCAGAAAUCGAGACUCAUCAGACCAGGCAACGUUUUUCCAAUCUUCUAUUGUCCAAUUUCGAUGAGCUUGUGCAAAUUGUAGCCUCAGUUUCCUGUUCUUAGCUGAAAGGAGUGGCACCCGGUGUGGUCUUCUGCUGCUGUAGCCCAUCUGCCUCAAAGUUCGACGUACUGUGCGUUCAGAGAUGCUCUUCUGCCUACCUUGGUUGUAACGGGUGGUUAUUUGAGUCACUGUUGCCUUUCUAUCAGCUCGAACCAGUCUGGCCAUUCUCCUCUGACCUCUGGCAUCAACAAGGCAUUUCCGCCCACAGAACUGCCGCUCACUGGAUAUUUUUUCUUUUUCGGACCAUUCUCUGUCAACCCUAGAGAUGGUUGUGCGUGAAAAUCCCAGUAGAUCAGCAGUUUCUGAAAUACUCAGACCAGCCCUUCUGGCACCAACAACCAUGCCACGUUCAAAGUCAUUAAGGACUGGCCUUUACCCAUAAGAAAACUGUUAUCCAUGAUCUCCAGGAGAUUGUCUUGACCAUGUCUACAUGCCUAAAUGCACUAAGUUGCCGCCAUGUGAUUGGCUGAUUAGAAAUUAAGUGUUAACGAGCAGUUGGACAGGUGUACCUAAUAAAGUGGCCGGUGAGUGUAUAUGUAAAUCUUUUAUUUAAAGCUCCCUUAGGGAUCUUUGGUGCCCUCUGUGGACAGCUCAGCACGGGCACUGUUAAUUUGGAUAUGAAAAAUCACACAUUUAGUUUCAGAUGGUCUCAUUUGAAAUGGAAUAUCACACCGAGGCAGUAGGAUGGGUUUUCUCCAAUUUCAUUUUUCAAGUAAAAAUUCCUCAUAAGAGUUUUUAGACUGUAAUAAUGACAGGAGACUUCAACCAUGUCACCCUCUCCUCUAACCUGACUUUGUUAACUGUACUACUCCAGAAAAUUUUCCAUGAGAACCUAGACAAAUGAUUUUUAUAUAAAAUUCUUAUAUUGUAUUGUACUGUAAAGCCCCAAUAAGGAAUUUUACUUUUUUAUUUAUUAUGUCACCCCGUGUUGACAAAGUCAUCUUUGCUUAUGUUGUCCUCUAUAAAAUUAAGACGCAACUUGUGACAAAAAAUGUGAUUGUCCUGACUUUUGAGAGUCAAAUGUAUAAUUCAUGUGAACAUGAAAAAAAUGUUAACACAGGUCUCAGGCAUUAUGAAUAACAGUCUUUAAAUCAUUAACAUUGUCUCUGAUGAUAUUGUUUGUUUUUAAACCAUUAAUAUGAGUUUACGUUAUUUCAUUAAAUGUCUAAAGUACUCCUCAUGGGAGCUUUAAAAACAGAUAUUAGUGUUUAGUGCUAUAACAGAAGAAAAUGUGCUACAUUUAAAUUCAGGAAAGAUACUGCCCGCCUGCUUACAGAGUAUUAACUGCUGAUAAUAACAGAAGACUCGUCUGUGUCAGGGCAGAUAUACCGUUUAAGGGGUAGCACCUGGGGUUGCCAAUAUCAGAUUCCAAGGGUUGGGUGUUCGGGGGCAGCGCUACCCCUGGACUCAUCCCAGGCACUCAGAUCCCAUUCCACUGUCACUCAAUGCUGAAGUCAGAAUGCUAACAUGCUCAGAGCGACAGCAUCAACAUGACUUUUGACAGUACAUCUCAUGACUUAUCAGAUAUUUCAGUCUAGACCAAAUAGGUGGACUAACAGACUUUUGAGACCGCGGUUGAUGCUAAGAUGGUUAUCAUGAGUUUUAUUAGUUUUUAAGCUUUUAAUGGUCUUGGUCCUUCUUAUUUAUCUGAUUUGCUUUUACCCAUAAGAAAACUGUUACCCAUGAUCUCCAGUGAUUUCUCUCUUGAUACUUUCACAAUCAGAUACCCUUAGCCUCUCUUGUUUGGCAGUCUCCAAUCAAAGCUGCUGGCUUUGUUUUCACAGUUUACAACCUCCCUGACAACAACUAAGAAGUCCAAAUCUUUCAGGGUUAGGAUCUGUGGGUUUUUGUUUUUUCUCUUUGGUCCAUUUUGAAGUUAAAUAUUGUAAAGACUCCUGCCAAAAGUCUCAGUGAUACAUAAUAAUAGUGAAAAUCACAGUACAGUAUCCUCAGAUGUUUGUAUUACCUAAUAUUGUUUACCCCACAGGGCUCAUCAUGAUCGGAGUGAUUAUAGCAGCCAGAAAAGUGGGCAUCAACCCGGACAACGUGGCCACACCCAUCGCUGCUAGUCUGGGAGACCUGAUCACCCUGUCCCUGCUGGCCGGCGUCUCUACAGGACUGUAUAAGGAACUCGGUAAUAAACACACACAUAUUCACAAGCUCUCUGAACAAAAGUGACACUUUAGAGUUUCAGCCUUCAUCACUCAGCUGCAUCCACCUACAACCUCUAAUGCUGACUUUAACUCUCUGCAUUUGUGAUGCAACUACAAAAACCAUGAUUAUCUUUUAGGAUGAUUUCACAGAAAGGAUUAAGUUAUGUUGAAACAGGAUGUAGUAAAAAAAGAAUUACAGACGCCCACACCAAACCUUGCUAAGCCUGAAGGCACAUUUAUUCGGUUUCUAUCGUUAGCUCUGUGAUAGUGACCACAGACAGACAGACAGACAGACAGACAAACACUGACUCACACAGGAGCUAUGAAACCCUCCUGACCAAACUGUGGACCAAUCCAACCUUUGUCUUGGCCCAAGAGUUUAUAAACUUUUCAGUCUGACUUCACUUAAAUACCACAGGCCAGGAUUAUAUAAAGCGUUGAGGGGCUAUUUUUGCUCAAAUGAACAAAAACAAAGCUGGUGUCUGGGUUUUGUGUACAAAUGUGGUCCAUCUACUUGAAUGUGGUUGUCGUAGUUUCUUGUAGUUUCAAUCCAGUAGCAAUGCUGCCUCCUAGAGACAGCACUGACUUACUUUCAGUCACGACACAGAACCGUCAGUCGACCUCACCUUAUUCUCCUGCGGUUGAUGCUAAGAUGGUUAUCAUGAGUUUUAUUAGUUGUUAAGCUUUUAAUGGUCUUGGUCCUUCUUAUUUAUCUGAUUUGCUUUUACCAUAUGAGCCUAGUUGAGCCCUUAGGUCUGCAGGUGGUGGUCUUUUAAUUGUCCCCAAAGUAAGAAAUGAAAACCUACUGUGAAUCAUCAUUUCAACAUUUCGGCCCCCAUCUGUGGAACAGCCUACCUGCAGAUCGAGAGCAACACCUACUGCUCAUAUUUUUAAAAACAAACUAAAGAUAUACUUUUUUAGUCUGGCUAUUUGUUGAAUCUUUUAAUAUGCAUUAUGUGGGUUCUGUAUUUAGAUUUUUACUUAUUUAAUUUGAUAUUAUUUAAUUGUUUUUAUUAUCCUGCUUGGACGGACAGCACUUUGUGCUACAUUCUAUGUAUGAAAAGUGCUGUAUAAUUCAAGUUUGAUUGAUUGAAUAAUACAAACAGUUUUUCAUCAGGAUUUAACACUUUUGUCCAAAGCAAGUUAAUCCCAAAUUAAUCACACAUUUCUUAGCUCUUCUUUAAGCUCCUAAAAGUAUAGUCUGCAAGUUUUUAACACUUUAAUCAGUGAAAGAUUUUAACAGUUAGCUUGCUUUAUAUUGAUUGUAUUUGUCUAUUUUGCAACAGUCCAAAAAAAGGAUAAAUACUGUCCAGAAAGUUCCUCAGAAAAACCAAAAAUAUGAGUAGAUCAUAAUCUGGCAAAGUCAAGCCCAGAUAAGCACACUGACUGCUUACAGCUUUGAGGUUUUUCUGAAGAACUUUCUGGACAGUAUUUAUCCUUUUUUUUGGACCGACCCAAGUGUAGUAAUGUUACCACGAACACCAGCAAAGAAUAACUAUGAAUGGACUUCAUUCAAGAUCCUUCCCUAGACUGUGCAUAACUUCACAUACCAAGUAUUCACAUACCAAAUACGAAGCAUUAAACCCUGAGAUGGAGUGGUUCUAUGGGAACUUUGACAUGGAUUAAGUUUUACAUUCUCCAUAAAUGCAGAUUUUUGUGUUGAUCCACUUUCUUUUCCUCUCACACAGAGUACAACGACUACGCCAACCCACUUGUGUGUGCGGUGUUUGUGGCCAUGUGCCCCCUCUGGGUGCUCAUAGCCAGGAGGAUCCCAUCCACCAGAGAGCUCCUCUACUCUGGCUGGGAGCCAGUCAUCAUCGCCAUGGCGAUUAGCAGGUAGAUUACACAGAGACUGACUGAUGAUUACUGUAGUUACAGUGAAGUUGGUUACAUCACAAAACAGUUAUUCAAAGUGAUCCGAUUAUGAAAAAAUAUAGACAAACCAAAAUUGACAAAAGGGUAAAGGUGGUGAAACAAGUAUUCAGAUCAUUCAGAGGAUUUGAUUCAUGUUUCUGUCCUUUGAAACCAUAAAAGAAAAAAAAAAGAAGAAAAAAAUUUAAAAACAUUUAAAAAUCUUAAAAAACUUUAAAAACAUUUAAAAACUAUAUAGAAACAGUUAAAAGCACAGUUUACUCACCUUCUAUUUUCCUUUUUUCAUCGUUUUGAGAAAACAAUCAAGUUUUUCUUUUAAGAAAGUUAGAAUUACAGUUAAAUUUCCCUUUAUUUCAAAGAUAAGUUUCCUUUCUUGAAAAAAAUCAGUAUUUUACUUUAUUUUAUAUAAACAAAUUAAUACUUACUUUACCAUAGCCACUCCAAUAUAGAAAAAAAAAAAAAGAUUAAUACACAAGCUCAGAAAUACAGUCCUGUAAUCCCCUCUGGAUUAGUUGUGAUUCUCAGAUAAUCCAAUGAGGUUUAGAAUAGUUAAUUUAGCCCAAGAAGAAGAGGAGGAUUUUGGUCUUUACCAACAGAGGAACUUUUAAUCCCUUAGUCUAUCUGAGAAAAAGCACAGUCACCAGUGAAGUUAGGCUCAGGGUUCGGACUAAUAAACCAGAGUCAAAUAUUUAUCUUCAAUGGUGUCAACAUGCUUCUCUGUCUUUCAGUGUCGGCGGUUUGAUUCUUGACAAGACCGUCACCAACCCAAACUUUGCUGGCAUGGCCGUCUUCACCCCAGUCAUCAACGGUGAGGAGUCCUCAAACACUUUCAAGUCUACAAACUUGUUUCCUGAGAUCUGAACCAAGUUUGGCUGUAAAGCUGAGCACUUUACUUCUUAAACUAGUUAGUUUCGAACCUCUUUGUCUGAAGUCUGCUCUCUGAUACUGUAGAAAGAAAUGACACAAGUCUCCGUUUUGCUCUUUUGGUUCUAGUCUGAUUUUGUGUGUGUGUUUGUGUUCGUCACAUAGGUGUUGGGGGUAACCUCGUAGCAGUUCAGGCCAGCAGAAUCUCCACCUACCUGCACAUGAACGGUCUACCCAUGGGGGAUCCAAACCCCGCCCCUAGAAAGUGCCCCACACCCUGCACCUCUUUCUUCGGCUCCUGUAAGUGGAAGUUUGAUCUCUGUUGCUCUCUGGUAUUUUCUUCACCAAAGUGAAUCUCUAAAACAGCCUCUCUUUGUCCUGCAGCUGUGAACUCUCGCUCUGCCAGAGUACUCUUCCUCCUGGUUGCCCCGGGUCACCUUGUUUUCCUCUACACCAUCAACUCCCUAAGGGGGGGUCACACCACCCUGACACCCAUCUUCAUUACCUUCUACCUAGCUGCUGCACUGCUACAAGUAAGCACUCUUCACUUGUCUCCUGGGGUUUAGUGGGGAAGGGUAACUGAAAACAAACCGUUAUAGAAGCACAAACAGAGCAAACUUUUCAACAAUAUCAUCCAUCGAAUCAAAUCCUCGAACAUUAAAGAAGAGAAAAAUUAUCAGCUGACUUCAGAACAAAUAUAGCAGGUAACAGAAACAUUUCUGGAAACGAAGUGGUGUCAAAAGUUUGAUAUUUGUUUCUCUAAUGGAGUGAAAAAAAGUUUCCCCAAAAAGUAACUCAAGUGAGGCACAGUCUACCACUUACACAGUCCAGUACGGUACAUUAUGGUACAUUACAGUAUGGUUUAGACCGUACUGACCGACCGUAACAAGUACAAGGCAAGCGCUAAAAUAAGUUUCGUAGCUGUAGCCAUCUUGUUUCGGCCUCCGAUUUUUCUUCUUUCUGACUUGGAAACUGAAACGCUGCUAACUCGGGUGUGACGUCAUCUUCAGCUCCGACAUCUGACUUCUGAGGUAACUCGAACGCAGCAAUAGAACAGAAAAACAUUUCAUUCAUUUUUAUUUAAAAACAACUUUUCAACAAGUCUUAAGUCUAUGGAUUGUGAGGGGGGACUCCAUUGCGUUUCGCUUGAACGUCAUCAACACAAGCUUCACUACGCGCUUCGCCGAAAUCUUCUGGGAUUACUCGACACACGCUCUGAAGCCUCGGCACGAAAGGACACAUCACUAGUCACCUGGUAGCGAGUCUACAGCUACUGUCAUCGCUUACUCUGCAGAUUCAGUUCGCCGACAUGUUUGCUGCCCUUGCCAGGGAGCUACAUCAGGCCUCUUGCUCGUUUGCCUUGAAAGUCAGGGAGUUUUACCCAAGUCAUCAAAGGAGUUCAAUUUAAGUGUUUCUUGUGAAGAGAAUAUAUUCAGUCCCACCUCAAUGCAAACAGAACCAGAAUUUCAGUGGCAGGUGUUGUGGUGAUCACAAGCUUUGUUUUAUACUCAACAAUCACUUCCCUUCUGCUCCGUCUUCCUCCAGGUGAUAAUCCUUCUCUACUUGGCAGACUGGAUGGUCCACUGGAUGUGGGGUCGAGGCAUGGACCCCGACAACUUCUCCAUCCCCUACCUGACCGCUCUUGGUGACCUGCUCGGGACCGGCUUCCUCGCCCUCUGCUUCCACAUGCGCUGGUUCAUCGGGGACAGAGACUCUAACGUGGGCAACUGAAAGCACGCACGCACGGUGACAAAGAGCGACACUCUUCUCACUUACGCACGCAGAUGGUGUGCACGUCAUCUCGACGUAUGAGUGUCAUUUGAAAGUCGACCUCCUCUGCAACAAAGGGCUAAUCUCCUGCGGGGCUCUGAUUGAAGGUACAUUUCAGCCCUGUAGUGAUUUAUCUGCAGCACAUCAGGAUCCUGACGCCCCUGAACAGCCGUCCAGAGUGUCCGAGUUUCACUCAGCAGAGACACUUAAAUACCACUCAGCUUGAUGAAUCCAGCCCCACAGAUCACACUACUCCUCCUCCUCCUCCUCUACUUAAUAACUCCGUUCUGUUGCUCUACUUUUGACAAUGAUUGUUAUUGUUGGCAGGUGAUAUGAGUUGAUAUCUGUUGUACGUGCAGGGCCGGUCCUCAUUAUUUUCAAUGGGGAAAUGAGCUCCCUGGUUUUUAAAGAAAUACAUUUUAACACUUGAAACCAAGAUGACAAAGUCAGCAAAAAAUAAACCCAAACAAGCCUCCAAUGCUUAAUCACCAAGUGCUUUUUCCUCGACUAAAAAUGAUUAAAUCAGAUUUGUCCUCUUUCUGAUCUAGUUGAAUGCAUAGGGCUAGCUGUCUCUCUCUCGUUUGUUUCUUUUUUGACGUUGACUGUGUGGGAGUUUGACCACAGCAGAGGCUCAUCCACUGAUGUACAAAAAAAAUUGUAUCUGAACUGUAAUUUCUGAACUAAUUUCUUGUGUAGUCUGUUUCCAAUAUGUGAAUUUGGGAUAUCCAAUCCGAGGUAAAAUCAAAAUCAACCCAGUGUAACAUCCAAAAAAGUCACCCUCUACAAAAAACGGUUGAACCUGUGACCUUAAACAGCCACGUUUAUUAGAAAGAUAGUGUGUCAAAUCACACAGAAGCCCGUAUUCAAGUCCCCAAACAUCCCGAAAGUCCAUCGAAAAGUUGAACAACUUUAAAUCUACUCCUCAUGUAAUUAAAUCCACAGAAACAGCUGGAUGUAAAACAUUAAUUAGUGUGACCAUGUGUCCUCUUGUAACCGGACAUGUCCUCUUUUAUGGGGGGCUGUCCGGCGUUGUCCAGGGUAGUUUAUAAAAUCUUUCAAAUGUUCAGGUUUUUGUAUAAAAGUUUUGACUUCGUGUCGUUUGAACUUACUGAGUUAGAAGCACGUAAAAAACACUCGAUCCGACCCAAAAACCUCAAAAUUCACUACGCACGACUCCAUGACUCCAUGACUCCGCCCUCGCGUAGUCAUGUCCGCUUUUUGGGGAUUCAGAAUAUGGAUAUAUGGAUGUUUCCCUGCUCCAACACACCUGAUUCUCGUUAGAGCUCGUUAUCAAGCUCUGGAAAACGAGCUGAUCAUUUGAAUCAGGUGUGUUGGAGCAGGGAAACAUCCAAAACAUGCAGGACAGUGGACCUCGAGGACUGGACUUGAGAACCACUGAUGUAAAGUAAGGUUAGACUGUGUCAUCAUGACAUGCUUCACCUCAAACCUCAAUAUGCAUCCUCUGUGGGAUGGCGGUCUCAUUGGCUGUUUUCAUUCUUCUUAAAAGCAUCGGUCCCCGUGCCUGAAACCACCUGCUGACUUCACUGAAGCAGGUUCAUUGACGUUGUUGUUAUGUUGCCCAAGCCAGGCUUACAGUAAGUGACAAGAGGCUCAACAUGUUGCAAUACACUGGAAACCACCUGCAGAGCUCAGCUAACUGAGCAUCAUUGCGCUCCCACAUGGUACAGAGGGAUGGGCUCAGCUCGCUCAGGUCUGAUGCGAGGUGAGAGACGGUGGUUGAUGUUUGGUGUGGAUGUCCUUCAUAGAUGAAGUCGAAGCGGUGAAUCUGAAAUACAAGUGAGCAAAGCUGUUGGAGGAUAUCUUACAGCUAAAUAACAGCGGUUUCUGGAUGUCAUGGCGAACUCUCCCAGUGUGUCAGAGCUGUUACCACUUUGCACUACAUUGCCCUACUCCAAACCCUUAGUCAAAAAGAAGCUAAUUAGCGGUGCCUUGAAAUCCCUCUUUGUCAGAGGCUAGGUUGUAAGAACCUUUUCCAGCUAAAUGCAUGUUUCUUGGUUGUUAGCAUGUGAUCAGCUCAGAUUAAGGUGACCAGACAUCCCUGAUUUCAUAUUGGAUGCCCUGUCCCCGGCUAAAACUGUCCCCGUUAAUGUCCCAGAUUUAAGUGUUUCAUGAAGGAGAACAAAAAUGUUGCCUGUAGACUAGAACAACGGUUAUUACGGUAGUCGAGUAGUUAGUAAGUACGAGUAAGCAUGUCCUGAAGAACAGUUUUUAAGGAGGGUUAUUACGGGGGCCGUGCGCUGCUACUAAGUAGUACCAAGAUGUUGUCUUUGAUAGCGCAGCCGAUGCCCUCCCCACACCCAACCCCGCUCUUCAGAAAUAGAGGGCCUGAAAUCACAUUUUUACCCCCCACACCCUGGAUGUCCCUGGAUUUUAUUACAGAAAUCUGGUCACCUUGGCUCAGAUAUUUGAGUCAUCCUUUUGUUGCACAAAAUCAGAGAAUCAGUUCAAAACUAUCUGAAACGUGCUGACUGAAAACAAGGUUAGGGUUAGCCACAUUAGCAGAGUUGCUUAAUUUAGCACACAACAGCUCUUGUUCCUCUUGUCACUAAUAAGAACUUAUUUCUUUCCCUAAUAACCUCAACGUUUCGCAGAGCCCCCAGAGUUACAAAAAAGUUUUUCUUGUGCACACAAAAAGAUUAGAUUGUUGCACACAGGGUGAUUGACUCGUCCCCACGAGAAAAUAAUUCCUGCACAUCAUAUAAUUACUUUGCAAGAACAAGUCAUGAUCUUGUGGGAAUCAUAUAAACACUUACACCCACAUAAUUAUAGCUAAUCUGGUGUACCAUAACAUAAUUUACUUUGAGCCACAAGAUAACGAUUUAUGCUUGAAGCUUGUAAAAUAAUCUAAUUGUUCCCACAAGUAAAACAAAUUUGUGCACUCAAUAUAAUAAUGACUAAUCUUGUAUGCACAAGGUAGUUAACGUGUUCCCACAAGACAACCUGUGCACAUGUAAUCAAAGCUCGAAUUGCAUUGUGUAAUUAAAACUUAAUCCCACUGGGUGGCGUGAUUGUGCGCACUGUUCCCACCUGAGUGCUCAAGAAAAUCAUUUUUUUUUAAUGAAAACUUGACUGUUCUUGCAAGAUAAUUAACUUUUUCCAGCAAGAUAAAGACUCAUGCUCUCAAUAACAGCCUGCACUCACAAAGUGUUCACACAAGAGCAAUAUGGCAGCACAUUUUUAGUUUUUUUUGUUUUGUGCACACAAUAAUUAAAAUGAAACUUUUUUGGACUUCAGGGACUCCGUACUGUUUGGGUGGCAACAUGAGCUUUUGUAUUUGAAUGUUUUACCAGGUCACGCUAAACUAAGGGUGAAAAUCAGAGACACAGAGAUUAAACUCGUACCCCCGUCCACUUUCACUCAAGCUGUUUAUCCCCCAUCUACAAGACUAGGCUGACCAGAGAUGACUGCAGGAGUUAUCAAAGGCGGUUGUGAGCCAUCCUGACAGGCUUUACCCUGUCUUAUAGAGUACAGUACAGGUGUUGGCCCUGAGCAGAGAUCAGGGACUUUUGGGGAAACCUGCAUGUGAUGUUGGUCAGAUUUCUGUGCUGCUUUGAAGGGGCCAGCAGAAUGCAUGUGCAGGACACAUCGUGUGAAUGUGCAAAAACUUGAUUCUUUUACCUGUUUAAAUCUCCUUUUUUUUCCCCCCUUUUUUUUUUAAAUGAAUCAAUUCUGUGAAAAUUGUGAUUUUUUUUUUUUGCCUUCUGUGAUUCCUUACAUUUCAUUUCUAAUCCUGUCAACUCUCUCUGCCUGCUGUGUCACUGAACGCAGCAAAGAACUCAUAACUGUAAAGAUGGAGGACUUCUCCUCGCUGGUCAAAUGCACAAAGUACUGUAAUCUGUAAACUGGACACCAGAGGGCACCACAGGGACUCUCUUGACUCCUCUGCCUCCUCUGGAUUCAAACACACUUUCACCCGGGUGGACAGUUAUUUUGUUUUCUUCUCUACAGCUUUGCCUUUAAGGUCAUCCUUCCUCCUCCUCCUCCUCCUCCUUCUUUUCUGUCUGUAUCCUCCUGUGCCAGCAUUCUGCCUCUGUGUCAGUGGAUAGUUGUGAAUACUUCUAUAAGGAGGCACGUAAUGCUUUGUCUAUUUAUUUUUAUAAGCACACAAAGCAAAUUGUACAUACUAUAUUUAUUCUUUAAAUAAGGUUGUUUAUUUUGUCAUUUCAUUUUUGCUCUCUCUUUCUUUGCCGCCACGUUGUGUCAUUUUUCCUCAUCUCUCCUGUGUUGAUUUUUCCGUCUGCAAAUGCUAGAAGAGCUUUUUGACGCCCGCCACCCUGAAACGGUGGGGAGGCUAACACAUAGUACAGUGCCUAACAACAGUCUUUACACACCUCACACAUAUGCACGCACACGUGUCUCACACAGGGAAAGCAAACUUUAAAAAAAAAUAAAUUAAAAAAAAAAAAAAAACAUAGAAUGGCCUUAACCUAUCAGAGCCAAGCUCACCUCAGAGUAACCAAUCAGGAGUUAGGUUUGCCACAGAGUAGCAACUCUUUAAGUAGCUUUGAUUAAUAAAAGAUGUACAGUGAAUUGAUUCUAAUAUGUAAGUAAUAAUGAAUUUAUAUGAUGCAGCAGGGGGAGAAGGGCUGAUGUCAGUAACAAGAAUCUGCAAAAUGAGGAUUUAGAGGCUGAAAUACCUCAGUGCUCUGUUUUGCAGGGCAUUUACAAAGUCUGGGGUCAAACAUGUCAGAAUUUGGACAACGGACAAAAAAACAAUAAAAAAAACUUAAAGAUUUCAUUCACUUCCUCAGCCUUUAAGAUCCCUCACACCUUCUGCCUUGUUAACCUCAGUGCUUCAAACUCUAAAACCCUGAACCCAAAGGGAACCACACUGAUCCUCACCAGCUCCCACAUCAACCGUGAUUCAGACUCCAAACUUUCACCUGUCCCAGUCAGCUCUGCUGCCUCUGAGAAACUGAUGUCAAAAAACAUGUACAACUGGAGCUGAGGCGUGUGCGUUCUCUGUGUUCAUCUUGUAAAAGCCCUCUUUCUGUACGGCCUUCUCCCUGCAGGACUUUGUAAAUCGCUGGAAAUAAAGAAUUAUAUUAUUUCAUACCAGUCCUCUGUCCAACUGUCUUUUGUCAGCCUGUUAUGAACGAAGAGAAUUUUGCUUUGUGUGCGGUGAAGAUGAUGUUGGUCCAAAGCAGGAGACCAGGCUCAACCAACUUUGCCCUCAACUUUUACUUUAAAUCACCCACUAACACUGCUUCAUCAUAUCAUCCUUUUUUAAAGUGAAAAAAUAAUAUAAUUCUGUUUUCAAACAAAUGGG